UGGGUUUUCACUAGGGCAGGAGGUGUGUGACAGGGCAGUAAGCCUACUCUAUCACGAAGCACCAAAAGAACAAAGGAGAAAGCUAAACUUACUACGGCGGUGAGCCCAGAUGGUAGAAAAACUGUGCUCAAGUUCCUGGAUGGUAAUUAAAGCAAUCAGCUGUGACAGCUGGCAAAGCAGCGAAUGGGACACUGCAGCCAGGCACACAGCUGAUCAGUGCAAGAAUUUAAAAGAGAGUUGACUGAGCAGUCAGCUCUCCUCAGGGGAAGGGAAUGGCAUGUAGGAAGGCACUUGGGAGCACAGAGCGAUGGUAGCGGCGUGUGACCAACCAAAGGGACUCAGGAGUGUAUUCUGAAGAAGUACUUACCCAUGGAGCCAGGAAGACUAGGUCAUUGGAGCAUCCAAACUGUGGUUUCAUCAAAAGCAUCAGAUGAUUCCACUUUCAAGAGAAACCAUGACACCUGGAAAUUUUUUGAAGACUUGUACAUAUAUGCAGUGUUCGUGUGCUCCAUAGGGAUUGUCAGUGUUCUCCUUUUUACACUCGUCAUUCUUUGUCAGUCCCUACUGAACAAGAGAAGAUCCAGAGUGAAACAUUACCUGGUGAAAUGUCCUCAGAACAGCUCAGGGGAGACUGUUACCAGUGUGACAAGUCUAUCCCCUCUACAGCCCAAGAAAGUAAAGAAAAAGAAGGAGAAAGUGGAGCAACCACCAGCUGUCCCAGCAAAAGCUCCAAUAGCCAACAGUUUUCCUAAACCUAAGUUGCUGAAACCUCAGAGAAAAGUGAUUCUGCCAAAAAUCGCAGAGGAGACUUUAACAUAUGCAGAACUUGAGCUGAUCAAGCCCCUGCAGGAAGCCAAAGGCAUCCCCACUACAACAGUCUACGCACAGAUCCUCUUCGAGGAGAAUAAGUUGUAAAAGCCUGUGUCUGUAAAGAUAUUCUUUGUCUGUUUUCUAUUUAAUUCUUGCUGUGCUGUUUAUUUAUAAAAAUCUUACAAAUGUC